GCGAGCCGCGAACCCCGCUGGGUCUCUAGCCGGCGUUCCAGCCCCUAAGGGUCCAGCCCGACCUAAAGCUGCACCAGGCUCAGAGGCUGCAGGGGACGCUGCGCGCACGGGGAGGCUGCAGCGACACCGCGAGCGCACAGAGACCGCGACGUGGGGGGGACGCAGGGGACACCUGCCGGCCCCGCCCCGACACCCCCGAGGGCAGCGCGGGACCUCCGGAGCCCACCCCGCCCGCACCGCCCGGGCCCCCGCGCAGCCGGGUCCCAGCCAGCCUUUGCGGGUGGCCCGCGCGCCACCCCGCCUCCCGGCGAACCCGUGGGCGGGGCCACUGUGGCUCCGCCCCCACCUUCGGUCACCUGACCGCCGGCGGCUCACGUGACCGGCCCCGCGCCGCCAUCUUGGAGCUCCGGUGAGGAGCCGAAAAGCGGGGAAAAGGAGGCGCGGAGCCGGUAGCACGGCGGGAGAGGACGAGGCUGAGGGCACGGGGGCGCCCGGCCGGCCCCAGGAGGCCCGCGGAGCAGCAGUUGCCGCCGCCGGACCGCAGAUAUGGAAGAGAGCAACGGCGUCACCAUGCUGGUGUCGGACAUUGGGGAACCGGAAGCUGUGCUGACGGCCGAGACUGUCAUCAGCUCUUCCCUGGAAACCGAUGACCAGAGCGCAGCGAAAACAGACCCGCUGAUCCACGUUAUCCAGAAGCUAAGCAAGAUAGUGGGACACGAAAAGUCACAGAAAUGCCUUUUCAUUGGGAAGAAACGCUCACGUUCAAAUGCUGGGACGUGCUCCCCCGAGUCCCUGGAACUCUGUGAGAUUCCAGCCAAGGCAGCCCAGCCUCCUGCUGCGGCUGCGGCUGCGGCUGCUGCUGCGGCGAGAAGGGCCGUGCUGCCCCACAUGCCCGUGAGCCCUGGCUCCCCCGCCCAGAACGAGGGGAAGGGGAUGUCUUACCAGUGCAGCCUCUGCCAGUUCCUGUCGCCGUCCUUCCCGGUGUUAAAGGACCACAUCAAGCAGCACGGGCAGGAGAACGAAGUGAUACUGAUGUGCUCCGAGUGCCGCGUCACGUCGAGGAGCCAAGAGGAGCUGGAGGCUCACGUGGCCAAUGACCACGAGGACGACGCCAGCAGUCUCGGUCAGCCCAGGGCCCAGCUGUGCGCGAGCCCCCCCGACGCCCUGUGCCCCAGACCCACCGAGAGGAAGAGCAGGGCCACCCCGGACCUCCCCGCGGGCGCGAGCAGCCCGCGGACUCGCGCCGUCCCCGCCACGCCCAAGGCGGACGUGGGGCGGAGGAAGUGGUACGCGUACGAGCAGCACGGCGUGUACCGGUGCCUGUUCUGCAGCUACACGUGCGGGCAGCAGAGGAUGCUGAAGACGCACGCGUGGAAGCACGCCGGGGAGGUGGGCUGCUCCUACCCGAUCUUUGAGGACGAGAGCGAGCCCCUGGGCCUGCUGGGCCCCUCGGCGGCCGCCGCCCCCGGGGGGGUGGACGCUGUGGUCAUCGCCAUCGGCGAGAACGAGCUGAGCAUCCACAACGGGCCGUCGCUGCAGGUACAGAUCUGCCGCCCGGAGCCACUGCCCUCCGCGUCGGCCCCGGGGCCGGGCGUGGAGGCGGGCGUCAGCCUCGGCCCCGCGGUGACCCUGGACGCGGGCGAGGAGGACGUGCUCGAGGUGACCCCCGCCGCGGAGGAGAGCCUGGCGGCCGACAGCCUGCUGUCGUCGGCGCAGAAGAUCAUCAGCAGCAGCCCCCACGAGGAGGGCCACGUGAACGUGAUCGUGGAGCGCCUGCCCAGCGCCGAGGAGCCCGCGUCCCAGAAGCCUUUCCUCGUGAGUGCGGCGGUGGAAGAGGCGGACAGCCCGCCCCUGACGGACGCCCGGACGGGGCCCGCCGGGAGAGGUGAGGUCUAUCGGGCCGACCAGUGCACCGUCGACCUCGGGGGGCUGAUCAUAGGCUGGAGCAGCGCAGAGAAGAAGGACGGCGAGUUCCUCCGUCAGGGACGGGCCCCCGAUGAGAACGCCCCGCCGGGCCGGAGGCGGACAGACUCCGAGUCCCUUCGGCUGCACUCGCUGGCGGCAGAGGCCCUGGUCACGAUGCCUGUGCGGGCUGCUGAGCUCACGAGAGCCAGCCUCGGGCCCCACGGGGACGCAGCCCUGCUGGGCCCAGACGCCGGGCAGAGGCAGGCAGACGGCACGUUGGCCACGUAUUCCAAGAUGGUGUCGCCACUGAAAAACUCUUCCAGCGGAUUAGCCAGUUUCAACCAAAGCAGCUGCCCCUUGGUGGCGCUCCCGGAGGGCAGGCAGGAGCUGUCUGACGGGCAGGUGAAGACGGGCAUCAGCGUGUCCCUGCUCACUGUCAUCGAGAAGCUGAGGGAGAGGACGGACCAGAAUGCUUCGGACGAGGACAUCUUGAAGGAGCUGCAGGACAACGCUCAGUGCCAGCCCGGCGGCGAGGCCGCCCUGCCGGGCGGCGGCGUAGUGGAGUACCUCCCAAACGCCGAGCGGCCCUACCGCUGCCGCCUCUGCCACUACGCGAGCGGGAACAAGGGCUACAUCAAGCAGCACCUGCGGGUGCACCGGCAGCGGCAGCCCUACCAGUGCCCCAUCUGCGAGCACGUGGCAGACAGCAGCAAAGAGCUGGAGAGCCACACGGUCCACCACUGCAAGGCCCGGCUGUACCCGUGCAGGCGCUGUGCGGAGGCCUUCCACUACAAGAGUCAGCUGAGGAGCCACGAGAGAGAGCGGCACAGCCUCCCAGACUCCUCGUCCACAGCAGCUUCCCCUGAACCGCGGCUUCCCAGGGACGCGGCCGAGGUGAAGUGCACGCAGGAAGAGAACAAGCCUGCGGCCCCGAAGCAGUACCGGUGCGACGUGUGCGACUACACGAGCACGACGCACGUGGGCGUCAGAAACCACCGGCGAACCCACAGCGCCGACAAGCCAUACAGGUGCUCCCUGUGCGGCUAUGUGUGCAGCCACCCCCCGUCGCUGAAGUCCCACAUGUGGAAGCACGCGAGCGACCAGAACUACAACUACGAGCAGGUGAACAAGGCCAUCAACGACGCCAUCUCUCAGAGCGGCAGGGUCCUAGGGAAGCCACUUGGAAAGACUCUCCUGAGCAGCAGAGAAGGAAGAGCCGGUCCCCCGCCUGGCAGUCCGGGCGGUGUGUCGCCGCCCUCGGAGCCAGCCCCCCAGGCUGCCGCGGAGAGCGGGAGCGGGGGACAGAGCCCAGCCCGCCCUGCCUCCUGCGGCCCCGAGAAGAGCGCCGGCGGCGCGGUGCCCCCAGGGGUGGAGUACUGCGUCCUGCUCUUCUGCUGCUGCAUCUGCGGCUUCGAGUCCACGAGCAAGGAGAGCCUGCUGGAGCACAUGAAGGAGCACGAGGGCGAGAUCGUGAACAUCAUCCUGAACAAGGAGCAGGGCUCCGCGCUGCCCGCCAGCUAGAGGCCGCCGGGCCCCUCCCCGUCUCCCCACCCCCACCCCGCCUGCCAGGC